CUUCCUCGUGGCUGCAUCAUGUGCCUGCGGACGUUAUUGCUGUUUUAUGCCGUGAUUGCAUUAUGCUGGUCAAUGGUUCGAAGCGAAUUUGCUGCGAACUAUUCUCACAAUCAUGAUGAGUCGCUGUCACUGCGAAGCGCCAGAUAUAAAUACGAGAUCAAGACGUUCGACGUGCGCGUGGAUCACUUCAGCUUCGCCAUACAAGACACCUUCAAAUUGAAAUACCUCAUAAAUGAUACUUGGCGAAAAGAGCGAAAUGCUCCUAUAUUCUUCUACACCGGAAACGAAGGCAACAUCGAAGUUUUCGCGGAAAAUACGGGCUUUCUAUGGGAAAUUGCACCAAAGUUCAACGCAUUGGUAGUAUUUGCUGAGCACCGUUACUAUGGCGAAUCGCUACCUUAUGGGAACAAAUCCUUCGCGGAUCCACAGCAUCGCGGCUAUCUGACGUCUCAACAAGCUCUAGCUGAUUACGUGGACCUUAUCGUGCAUUUAAAGUCGCAACCAGGAUAUGAGCGCAGUCCGGUCAUAGCAUUCGGUGGCUCUUACGGUGGUAUGCUUAGCGCUUGGAUACGCAUAAAGUAUCCCCACGUUGUACAAGGCGCGAUUGCGUCAUCCGCGCCAAUUCUAUACGUCACUGGUGUCGUGGAUUGUGAGGUGUUCGCUCGGAUAACAACCUCGGAUUAUAAAACUGUGAAUUUAACGUGUUCGAAACUUAUUCAGAAGGCGUGGAACACGAUAACAAAAGUGGCUUCAAAUGAUGAGGGCAAAAAGUGGCUUUCGGAUAAUUGGAAACUAUGCGAGCCGUUGAAAACCGCGGAGGACGUCCAAGCGCUGAAAAAUGUUUUGCAGAAUAUCUACAUAGACCUGGCCAUGACCAACUAUCCGUAUGAGACUAACUUCUUAGCGCCGCUACCUGGCAAUCCAAUUAAUGUUUUCUGUCAACAUUUAACAAACGUGUCAUUAACGGGAAAAUCGCUGUUAUUGGCACUUCAUCGAGCUAUUAGUGUUUAUACGAACUAUACCGGAAAAACGAAUUGUAUGAAAAAUACAAUAGAAGAGUCGAGGUUGGGCGCUUAUCCAGGAUGGGAUUAUCAAGCAUGCACAGAAAUGGUGAUGCCAAUUUGUUCUGACGGCGUCAACGAUAUGUUCGAACCGAUGAAGUGGGACAUCGCAGAUUACAACAAUACCUGUUUCAAGAAGUAUUCCGUAUCGUCGCAACCUUAUCUAAUUUGUGAGGAGUACGGUUGUAAGGAUUUUAACACCGCAAGUAACAUCAUUUUUAGCAAUGGAUUGCUAGAUCCAUGGUCGAGCGGAGGUAUCCUGCGCAAUUUAUCCCAGUCAGCGUUUGCAAUAUUGAUGCCGGAUGCUGCGCAUCAUCUCGAUUUACGAGAAAGCAACAGUAACGAUCCGUACAGUGUUCGCGUAACGCGCGAAUUCCAUCAAUUUUGGAUUGAUAAGUGGAUCAAGGAAUAUUGAAAGGGGAUUUUAAAGUUC